AUGAGUGACCCGUUUACACGUAUAUCGUGGAUGUUGGAGUCUGCACGUGACCUCACCAUAGAGGCUGCCAUGCUGGCUUCAAGCAGACUUCUGGAGACUCCUACAGCCAAAAGGCCUCAAGAGAUACUGAAGCUUUUAAGCUCCAGAUCUGAUCGAGAUGUGCUUAGUGGGAUGAAAUGUGUGAUGGCAUUGAUAGCACGUGGUGAAGAUGGACAACUGUUUUUCGCUGACGUGGUGAAAAAUGUGACGCUGGCGCUGACGAGAGUUAGAGCUUUGGUGCUUAUCUACUUGCUGAAAUAUGCUGAAACAGAGCCCGAUACGGCGCUUUUGCUGAUCAAUUCGAUCCAGAAACUGCUUAGCGAUAAGCUGGCACACUCGAGAGCGGCGCUGAUAAGAGCGUUGGCGGGGAUCAGGAUCUCUGAGAUUGGCUCUUUGAUACUUCUAUGUAUUAAACGAACUGUGUCUGACCAGCUGCCACACGUUCGGGCUGCUGCUGCUUUGGCUAUAGGAAGGGCUUUCCAUAUUGAGGGAAUCAAUAGACAGCAAUUGACGCUGUUUUUGGCGGCGUUGGUGUCGGAUCAUUCGACUACUGUGGUUAGUCUGGCUGUUAAAGUGCAUGCUAAGCUUCUACCACUGAUUAGUGCUAGUUCGCCAAAGAAAGCAUGGGCGCCUAUUCAUGCUAAUUUCAGAAGAUUGGCUCGUCUUUUACCGGAAUUGGACGAAUGGGCUCAGGUUUGUGUUAUUGACUUGUUUACAGAGUACGCUAGGAAGUUCCUUCCACGGCCUGAACUCACGUUUGAAGAUGGUUCGACGUUACCACUUCCUGAAUUUGCAUCAUUUGCAUCGCUUACAUUGUCAUACACUUCGUCUCUCGACCUGGACCUUCAAUUGUUUGUUGAUUCUUUGAGAAGAUUGACGUUUUCGAGCUCAGAAGCGGUUAUUUUGUCUGUUGCUCGUGCUUUGAUCUUAGUGGCCACUCCAGAACACCUUACUGAGUUUGAUCUUCCAAGGAUAUUGACAAAAUUAGCCACAACUCCAGUCUCAGGCUCAAGCGCUAGAUCUUACGCUUUGCACAUUGUCGCUUAUAUUGCCCAGACGGCGCCUUCCAUCUUUGAAAAGUACUACAAGAAGUUCUAUGUCUACCCAACAGACGACGAUGAGGUAGCCUCCUUGAAAUUGCAUGCUCUUCCCCUUCUUGCUACACAAAUCACGGCAAAGGAAAUCAUUAGAGAGCUCCAAUACAGUGCUCUUAAUUCAGCAUUCCGUCCAAACGUCGCCCACGAAGCUGUACGUGCCUUGGGAAGGUGCUCGCGUGCUUCCAGAGACUGGACAGACCAUAUUUUGCGUUGGUGCUCUUUGCAAAUCAGCAAUGUGGGCGCUACGCCCAUUGUCAGUGAUCUACUUACGGUGAUUCGUCAUUUGCUUCAACUUAAACAGAACCAGGCUGGUUCAGACAAGACAGAGCUAGAGAGCGUGGUGCGUACAAUCUACAAGUUGGGCAAGCUCUUGUACGAUAACACUGUCAAUUUUGACCCAGAAGCAAAGGCUACAAUUAUAUGGCUUGUGGGUGAAUUUACCGAAGCAGCAGAUAACCUUAUUGGUCCAGACUUGCUUCGAAGAUCACUCCAGACAUUCACAAACGAACCUGAAAGCGUAAGGUACCAGCUUUUAAUGUUGGCUGCUAAAUCUUACCUGUAUGAGCUCCAAAAGAACGACGCUGAAAGCUUACCAGACACCAAAUUGGGUAAAAUGUACGCCCACGUAUCGCAAUUGGCUCGCUACGACGCUCUGUUUGACACAAGAGACCGUGUUAGAAUGUUGGACCAGCUCUUGUUCACGCCCAAGAACUCUAAGCUAGCCACGCUUUUGCUCAAUGUUCCUAAACCACCUCCCCUUGUUGGAGCCCAUUUUGAAGAAAACACACCAGACAUUCUCAAAAACUACCUUUCAGCAGACGGAUGGGCGGAUCCAGAAACCUUACCGCCAAGUUCCAUCAGAAAAGAAAAGACAGUGGAAAGUAUUCCUACAAGUUUCGAGAAUGGUGCUUUUGAGAAAAAGACAGGACCUUCUAUUUCUUCAAGCCACCAGAUUUCUUCAACGCUGGCAAAGAGCUUAGCUCCAGCACAAGCUAAACCUUAUAAAUUACAAAGUUUAGACGAAUUUUUCGGCAACGAAGAAUCGCUGUCUGAGUCUGAAUCAGAAGAGGAAGAAGAGUCUGAGGAAGUUUCAGAGAGUUCAUCUGAUGACGUUUCCGAGUCAGGUCUUGACUCUGAUUCAGACGAGGAAGAGGAAGACGACGAAGAUGAAGAACUGGCUGAAGAAAGCGACGAUUCAGCUAAAAGUGGUGAUAAGUUCUUGAAGUAG